UUGUAUUAUUUGGUAAUAUUGUGUAAUUAUUAAAUAAAAUAAAUCUGUUUUUUUUAUUUUUUACUGUUUUUAUUUUUUUUUUUCUUCAAAGAUAUUUUCGGACCGAAAACGGUCUGGAUAUAUUUAUAGAAUGACGCCUGUUGGGAGACGGAACUUUUAAAAGUUACAAGCAAGUCCACAAUAUUCGGACCGAAACCGUUUAGUUUCCUGAUUAUUGCCUUGGUGUGGAAGUUUGACUUUGCUCCUUUUAUGGUCUUAAUUAUUGCCAUACUAAACGACGGGACAAUCAUGACAAUAUCAAGAGACAGAGUGAAGCCAUCUCCACAGCCUGACAACUGGAAGCUGAGAGAGAUUUUCACUACUGGCAUUGUGCUCGGAGGAUACUUGGCAUACAUGACUCUAGUAUUUUUCUGGGCUAUAAGAUACACCAACUUCUUCUCUGACAAGUUUGAUGUAAUUCCUCUGCGCCAGUUGUAUAGUCCUGAUGGCAUUGAUCAGUCAAAGAUGAUGGCGGCUUUAUACCUCCAAGUGAGUAUUGUGAGCCAGGCCCUUAUUUUCGUGACACGAUCCCAAACCUGGUCCUAUGUUGAACGCCCCGGACUUCUGUUAGUCAUUGCUUUGAUAGUCACUCAGCUGGUAGCAACACUGAUUGCAGUCUAUGCAAAUUGGGAUUUUGCUAAAAUAAAAGGUAUUGGCUGGAGAUGGGCUGGAGUGAUCUGGCUUUAUAGUGUUGUGACUUAUAUCCCUCUCGAUAUUCUCAAGUUUGCCAUUCAGUAUCUCCUUGGUCGUAGUGUGAGGGAUACACUUUUACGGAACAAGUUUCUCUGUUCCUGUUAUGUGCUGUUGUCUUCUAAUUUCAUAUCUGCUAUUCUAACUUCCAUUACAGACCACCUUCACUACAAAAAAACCUUUUCAGUGACAAGAACAGUUAUAGGGAACUCUCAGAGAUUGCAGAGGAGGCUAAACACCGGGCUGAGGCCGAGGGAGCUUACACUCAAGGGGCAUGUUGAAUCAGUUGUUAAGCUGCAGGGACUUGCCAUUGACACGGCAGCCUUUGAUGCAUCCACAAUGGAGAAAUUUCUGCAAGAGCUGGGGUCUGGAGCAUAUGGGGAUGUUUAUGAAGGGCAGUUUCCAAAUGGAGUCAAGAUUGCAGUGAAGUUGCUCAAGGAAAAAUACGAGGGAGCAGCAAAAAAGCAGUUCAUGGCAGAGAUAGGCACAAUUGGAAGAACACACCACAUUAAUUUGGUUAGACUUUAUGGUUUGUGCUAUGAUGGAAAUACAAGUGCGCUUGUAUAUGAAUUCAUGGAAAAUGGAUCUCUUGAUAAUUACUUGUUUGGGAAGAAGGAGAUGAUUGAGUGGGAAAAAUUACAUGUAAUAGCGGUGGGCAUAGCCAAAGGAAUUGCUUAUUUGCAUCAAGACUGUCAACAGAGAAUUAUUCACUAUGAUAUAAAGCCAGCCAAUAUUCUACUUGAUGCGAAAUUCCUCCCUAAAGUUGCAGAUUUUGGGCUUGCAAAGCUUUGCAACAGGGACAGUACUCAUGAUUCAGUUACCGGAUUCAAGGGAACCCUUGGUUAUUCUGCCCCAGAGUUUUUUCUAAGAAAUCAUCCCAUAACUUACAAAUGUGAUGUGUAUAGUUUUGGAAUGUUGUUGUUUGAGAUAGUUGGGAUGAGGAAAAACAAGGUUAGUAGUUCCUCUGAAAGCCUAGAAUGGUUUCCGAAGGUUGUGUUGGAUAAGUACCAGAAGGGUGAAUUGGCUGAACUAAUAAAAAGUUAUGGGAUUAAAAAGGAGGAUAUGGAAAAGGCAGAGAGAAUGUCAUUAGUGGCAUUGUGGUGUGUUCAAGACUCACCAGGAGCUAGGCCACCAAUGAGUGCCGUGGUGAAGAUGCUGGAAGGAGGAGUGGAGAUCAUACCACCUCCUAAACCCACUCAUUUACUGUUCUCAUCGUUAGGGACAAAUGCAGUCAAGCCACCAAAUGCUGCCACUGGUUUGAGUUCCUCCUCAAGUGAAGAAUCCGCUUCUUACUGGUAUAAAGAGACCACUUCAAUCAUGGCCAAGUAUGAAAUACAAGUGGCCAUUAGUUAACAAGACUAAAAUCCAGUUUCCAGAAAGUGUAUGUUUUGUCUUGAUUUUUGUUAUUAUAAAGUUUCUCGUCUUCUGUUUAGCUAACAGAAUUUUAAAUUUCAUUCGAUCGUAAAAGGAACCAAGGUAGAUUCUUUUCGUCAAUUUACCACAACUAAGAAAAGGUAAAGGCCUGA